CGACCUUAUCGCUGUCGUGUGCUCAAUUUUUGUUGGGCGUCGCUCGUUUUGUUGGAUGAAUGUCAGUCCUUUGGGGUCACUGAGAGGUACAGUCUUUUCUCGCUAUGCACGCCGACAAUAUGGCUCGCGAGCCUACCAUUCUUCCACCUCCCUAUACUUCCACUGGCAUGCGUACGGGUUCUUUGAGAAGCAAUGCAAGGAACUUCUGUACGAUAGCUGAGUUACUUGUGGGACCGGAUCCCAGCCCAACACGCUUUCUUCUUCACACGUCACUCCUUACAUCCCAGUCGCCGUAUUUCCGCGCCGCACUGAUGGGUCCUUUCCUUGAGUCGAGUUCCCAGUCGAUCCGACUGGCUGACAUCACGGUUGAUAUAUUCGAACUCUGCGUAGCAUGGCUCUACACAGGAGAUAUCCACCCGGUACCUUUCAAAGACGGACGACCUGCAUAUUACACAUUGCUCCACCUGUAUGGCCUGGCCGAUCGACUAUGUUUCGAAGGGCUGCGGAAUAGAGUGGUGGACCUUAUCUCGGAUCUGGCUGAUUCUACGAAUUCUGUUCUGACGCCGUCCGAUACGAGGAUAUUGUACGACACCAUUCCCUACACGUCCCCACUGAGGACACUGGUCCUCGAUCUCUUUGCGUUCAAGAAGACGGACAAGUUGGUCGAGACGCAUGUCGACCGGUGGCACGCGCACUUCCUUCGAGAUCUUUGCGUGCGGCUGAAGCGGCCAUGCGAGCAAGCUACGACCAGGCACGUGUUACGGAUGUGGUGCCCGGAGACCUGGCAUGCGACACGUGCGUGUGAAGGUUGUAGGAUGUUACUCCCUCCCCGCUAUGGUGCCGUGGUCUGCGAUGAGUGUGGUUUCGCUUGGUGUGUGAGGUGUAUAGGGGAGGGUACGGGCAUGGCUGCGUGGGAGGAUGGGAGAGGCCGAUGGGAGACGUCUAGUCUUUCCAAUGGUAUGUUUGGGGGCAGUGUUCUCAUGGCAAGGAGUGAGCCCGGCAGCCGGGAUUCGCACGCAGACAGAGUUGUACCUACGGACGCAAUGAAGAAGUUGGCUAGAUUGAAGUGCAGGAAAUGGGAAAGUUGCAAGCCGUGGAGAGGUGCUCGGUGUAUGACCUAUCAUGAGCAUCAGGAGACAGACACAUGUGGAGACGUGUUCCGGGGACACUAG